AUGGCAGACAGCAGAAGUAUGCGACGAAGUUAUUCACAAGAUGCAGAAAAAUGUUCGUACAAAAACAAGUUUACCGAACAAAAAAUAUUACGAAAACGCCAGCUAGGUUGGAAUCAUUCGGAAACUGUCACUAUAUUUCCUGUUCCAACUACAGAUUUCGAAUGCCAAGACAAACAAACUGAUUGUUCUGUCAAAUCUUUUCUACCAAUGUUAGAAUCAAAUCAUACAAAACGCGACGACCAAUUCACAUUUCCAAAACUAACCCCAAAAUCUAUCAAAGUAAAGAAACCGAUCAAUUUUACACCGAGAAACCAACACAAUGAUGAAUAUCCAAAGAUGUCAACGUUAACACAUUCUGAUAUUUGUCCAUCAAAUGAUCUGUUAAGUCACACAUCGGACUAA